GAAUAAUUCAUUGUUAAAUAACAAUCCUACAUAAACUGCAACCCAUCAUGACAACAGAGUUACGCGCUAAAUCUAUCAUAAGUGAAGCAAACAAAUAUCUGAAUGCACGCGUACGAGUUCGAUUAAUAGGAGGACGAGAGUUGAUUGGUGUCCUACGUGGACAUGAUGCUGUUUUAGAUCUUGUAUUAGAUGAUACUCUUGAGAUUUUGUGCGAUUAUUCAAAACAGGAGGCUCCAAAAGAAAAAACUCGUUUUUUAGGUCUUGUUGUUGCACGAGGAACAGCGGUUACUAUGAUAUGGCCUGAGGACGGCACGGAAGAAAUUGAAAAUCCAUUUGUUACUGCAUAAAGCUAUUUAGCAUUAUCCUAUAGACGCGUGUUUGCAUUAUAUUAGCAAAACCUUUUUAACAGUCGUUUAAGCUUUAUUGCCAAAUUUUUUUUUCAAUCAAUUUGGUUUGUCUUAUAUAAAUUUUUUAAAAAAUUCAUUACGAUAAGAAAUUAUUAUAAUUUUUUAUUUAAA